UUGUGAGUUAGGAGUGCAGGCGCAGUCUGAGCCGUAACCUAAGAGGGAGUGUAGGACUCGUGCAGUUCCUGCGUGAGACGAGAACCUGCGCAUCCGUACAGCGAGCGGUUAUUCAACUAGCUGAAAAGGUGACAAAAUGGAUAUGAACAGCAGCAGCGAGUGCUUUGGUUGUGGCCGCUCUGGUCAUUGGGUCAAGAACUGUCCCAAUGGAGGCCGAGGCCGUGGAAGGGGCCGUGGGCGUGCCAAAGAUCUUUUCUGCUAUCGCUGUGGUGAUCAAGGUCAUAUUGCCAGAGACUGUGAACAGACCGAGGAUGCCUGCUACAACUGCCACCAAAGUGGUCACAUCUCCAGGGACUGCAAGGAGCCCAAGCGAGAAAGGGAACAGUGCUGCUACAACUGCGGCAAGGCAGGCCACGUGGCACGUGACUGCGACCAUGCCACCGAGCAGAAGUGCUACUCCUGUGGUGGGUUCGGGCACAUCCAGAAGCUCUGUGAAAAAGUCAAGUGUUACAGAUGUGGUGAGAUUGGUCACGUGGCAGUGCAGUGCAGCAAAGCCAGUGAGGUUAACUGUUACAACUGUGGAAAGACCGGGCACCUGGCUAAGGAGUGCACCAUUGAGGCCACUGCCUAGUCCCUUCCCUCUGUUGCCCCUCCUGUUUCUGAUUGAUGGUUGUCAUUUUCUCUGAAUCCUCAUCACUGGCCAAAGGUUGGCGGAUGAAAGCUAGUCGCCGGCCAAUGAGCCCAUGACACGUGAGAGGAAGAAGGGGGUAGAGAACAAAAAAAUUGACUUUCUACAUUCAGUCCAAAAAAGGUUUUAGUUUGGUAGUGGUGUUCUAUAUGAUGCUGUGCUAAAUGGCCCCCUUUUCAUGCCACUGGUGGACAGGCACAAUUAAAAAAAGUGGGAACAAAUGGGUCAGGUUGGCUCGGCCAGCCUUGUGUGAUUCAGCCACAGUGUCAGGGGGAGGAUGACUUGGAAGCCUGGCCUUACUUUGUGUUAGAUAAGUGGGGAACUUGGGAGUAGGCCAAAGAGUUAAUGACUUGGGGUAGAUGGGGUAGUGGUUGUGUGGUCCACCUCUUUCUGGGCCUUGCAAGCUGUAUACAAGCAAAGUACAAGUUGGUUAAGCACACUAAAAUUAUAUUAUGGAACGUAUAUAAAUUCUAGGCAAAUUUGGUUAAACAAGAGGCCAAAGUUCUUAGUUUUGUAAGAAACGCUGUUCUUUGCAUCAGUGGCAGUCUGGUGGUUUGAGUUUGGCAGUUUAAAAUGAGGCAAUAUUUUAGACCAUAAGGAACAGAAAUGAGUUCGAGGAAUGUUUUUCACAAAUCAAAUGUUAUUUUUCUAUAUCUCGGGCUUAAAUAUCAUUUGCUUGUACUCAAUUUUAGUGGGGGAAGUUAAUGCAGCUGAAAUUUUAUUUUAACCUAUCAAUAAAGCUGGAGGAGGAAGCA